GCUCGUUCUUACGAAAUCAGCUGUACAAUUUCAUGAUAAUAUUUUGGCGUAGUAUACAUUGAUUAUUGUUUAUUGAUUGCUAAGAAACCAUAGAAAAUGGGUCAGAAAAAGACUAGAAAUAAAGACGCUGGUUCUGUUGAAGAAGCUGAUGUUGAACAACCAUUAUCAAUGAUGGAACCAGCCCCUGAAACAUCACAGUUGCCACGGAAACAGUCAUACGUGUGGAUUGCCUUUAAAUCUGUGAAGACAAAACUGAGUCUAACAGAUGAAGGGGCAAGUCCAGUGAACUGGAAAGUGAUAUUUCUAGUAUUUAUCUCUUUGUUUGGCAGUUCAUUCAACAUCACAUAUUUAUUUCCUUUUCUGCCGGAAAUGAUCUUGACAUUUGGUUAUAAAGAGGUGGAUAAAGGAUAUUAUGCUGGAAUAAUUGCCUCAUCUAUGUUUGUUGGUCGAGUUUUUGGCAGUUAUUUCUGGGGCUGGAUAUCCGACAAGAAAGGAAGACGUCCCAUAGUUCUCACCACUGUAUUUCUGAUAGGAAUUUGCUCUUUAGCUUUUGGCUUUACUACCAAUAUAUACUUUGCUGUGAUCAUGAGAAUGCUUGCUGGUCUUGUGAAUGGUACUGUCGGAACAACUAAGACAAUGUUGUACGAGAUUUCAGACAACACUAACCAGGCUGUAGGCAUGUCCAUCAUAUCAGUGGCCUGGGGGCUUGGAAUUAUCACCGGACCUGCUGUAGGAGGUUAUUUAGCGAACCCUUGUAAACGCUAUCCUAGCACGUUUCCGUCUGAAGGUUUCUUUUACCAAUUUCCUUAUAUGCUUCCCAGCUUUAUAGCAUUUGUCAUAUGCAUGGUGGCAUUCAUCAUUGACUUCAUAUGGCUACCUGAAACACUAUACAAAAAACCUGAGACAGAUAUUUUAAUAGAAGAAGAAGGUGAUGAUGAUAAAACCAGUCUACACUCGGCACAUGCCUGUAGUAAAUCUCCGCAUGUGAAACAUUUCCCAUUACAUCUGCGGGAAUUCGACCCAAGACAGGCGAUAUCUUGUGAAAACCUUCAUGUAGAGUCUGAAGGGGCUACUUACCUUGCAGGUUCAAGGAAGGAAAUUCACAUAACCAGACGCGGAAUAUCAUUUCAUGAAAUAAAUGAUUCGCCACACAUUAAAAAGUCACAUUCGGAUAAAAAUAUUAACAAACAUUUUUAUAUUGACGAUAAUAACACAGAAUCGACUAAAGUUGAGUAUAAUAGAUCAAUUAGUGUUAAAAGUGAUACGAGAAAUGGAGUGAGUGAGCGGGAAGUAGUAACAGAGAAGUUUUUACCUCCCCAGCAGAAGAAUGGAGAGUUACAUGGUGCUAAUGGAGAUUUAAAUUCUGUUGAAGAGCAUGAAAAGGGAGAUAAUAAGAAGUGUUGUGCAACUUUGAGAAAUUGGUCUGUGAUACAACUUUUAGGGAGAUAUGAUGUAUUUAUAUCAAUUUUGCUCUACUCGCUGUUCUCAUUUAGUGUAAUAGGAGUUGAAGAUAUUUUCUCUGUUUGGGCAUCAACUGACAUUAUGCUAGAUGGACUGGGAUUUGAACCUAAUGAGAUAGGAACUGUUCUAGGUACAACUGCAUUGCCUCUACUGUUUUUACAAUUAUUUGUAUUUCCUAAUCUAGUCAGAAGGCUUGGUAUUAAAAAGACUAUGGUGAUAUGUACAUCAUUGUUGAUGGUGUUUACAGAGGGAAUGCCAUGUCUUCAUUUACUUGUUGGGAAGCCAGUCUCAUUAUGGGUGCUAUUAUUAUCUACAAACACAGUGAUGAAGUUAAUGGUUAGUUGUGUAUUCUCUGGUACUUCGUUGCUGAUCAACAAUUCUGUAGAACCAGAGCUUGCAGGCCAAGUGAAUGGUCUUUCUAUGACAAUUACAGCAAUAUUUAGGUCUUUAGCUCCAUUGGUAGGCGGUAUUCUGUAUUCAUGGACAGUCGGUUAUUCAUCAGAUGCUAUAGGACCACCGUUUGACGUCAGUUUUGUGUUUAUGUUGUUCGGCACCGUCUACUGGAUUGUAGCCAUCAUUGGUGUUACCAUUCCCUCGAGGUUGAAUAGACAAAAAAAGUGAAAUGGACGUGUCUUGUCAAAUGAUGAACAUUUUUGUCAAAUGAAGGGCGUGUCUUAGUGACAUGAUGGGCGUGUCUAGUCACAUGUACAGUAAGUGCAGGCAGUUGUACAUUCUAUUUGGGGAGAUAAGGUAUGUUUGAAAUCAAUGCAGAUUGGUGCAAAUUUUUAAAUACACAUACAAGUGUUGUUCAUUUUGAUCGUCAUGUAUAGAAAUCCAUGGUGUAUAUAUUUAAAAUAAUAAAUUUAAGAAUUUAAAGGUGAAGGAUAAAAUCAAAGGAAAUGAUGAUUUAGUUUUUAUGGGGAUGUUAUUACUGAUUUUAAAUUAAUUUUCUUAAAGAUUCAUUUUGUAGAAUCCUUGAAACUCAUACAUAAGAUUAUUUUGACUGUCUCUGAAUUGUGAAGGGCAUUUAUAGUUUCGUUGUUGUUGUUGUUUUUUUAUUAUUUAAUUUUUUGUUUCCUUUUUGUAGAUCUAUUUUGUAUGAUGUAUU